GAAAAAAUUUGAGAUGAUGCAUGUAGCAUUUAUUAUAAAAAAGUGUUCGUCUUGUCCAUCAAACUUCUAUAUCAUGUCUCAUUUCUAAUAUGCAUAUACGCUAUUGCAUAAUUAAUUAUGUUCAGAGGAAUACAAUGAAAAAUGAGUUUAUAUAAUUCUCCUAAGCUUACCUUGAACUUAUGUUCAACCGGUUUCACCGAAUCGCAUUUAAAAAGCUAUACAUGCAAAAUCUGAUGCUUAUAGUUGUUUAUCGAUCAGCGUGCAUAAUAUAAUAUAUACUUUAGGUGGCGUUAGAAUGAAUCAUACAACACGAGACUCCACGAGUCAGUUUAUUUUCCUAUCAACAAUAUUUCACUGUUACUUCUUAUCUCAAAAUUCUUUCUGCCAGAUAUUCGACCUCUUUCGAUAAUCAGAUAUUAGUCUUCGAUAUUCAACUUUAUUGUCUAAUCAUCAAUGCAAUUUUAUUGUCUAAUAUUACAAUAUCUGUAAUAUAUAUGUGUAUGUGUCUUCCUCAGGCAUAAUUUUCACACAGAUCUUAAGAUCUAUUAUUCAAUUCCCAAUUUCAUAUAUAUAGAGAUAUUGAUUAGAUUGCUUUUUAAUUCAUAUUUUUUGAUCCGUCUUCCUUAGAUUCAAAUAUCAAACUCAGAAAAUCUAUGCUCGAAGAAAAUAAAAAUAAAAUCACUGUCCUACUAUCUCGUCCGGGAAAAACUCAGUUAACUAACGUGGGGGUUUAACUCAAUUAUGUUUCUUUAUUCGUGCGGCCUUUUUCCUCGGGUUUCCCGGUAAAGUUCACGCCGGCCGAUAAAGAAUCUUUCAUGUAUGUAUAUAUGCCCCAGAGACGGUGCAUUCGGAAUAUCCGUGGUAUAAACUGGUAGGAACGUGGGUGAUAAAGUGGUAGGGAGUGGACGCUAUAAAAGGUGCGCGCGCCAAACUAUGAGGUCAUACUCAGUCAGAACCUUGUGGAGGAAACACGUUGAUAUAUCAAGAGAGAAACAGAGAGCUCUAUUCAGUUGAAGUAAAGUUUGCGAGUUGCGCGAGUUUGCAUCAGAAUCAAAUCGAGUGAAAGCGGAGCGAGAGAAAGCCGCCAGUGAUUCAGUGAAGAAGCUAAAGCUGUAAAAUUAUACUUUCAACAAAAGUUGAAGCUAAUUCGUCCAACGGGUACCAACGAGGAUUCGAAAAUUCCUACGUUCAGUGAAGUGUGCAAAAGAGACGCAUUGAGGAUUAAUCCACCGAACGAGGACCAAAAGGAGAAAUUGCUGACCGAUAUGACUCGUUGCCAGGAAUCGCAAGUUUAUCACGCCCAGCCCACGAUGACCGACAGCGGAAAAUCAUCAUGGUGCGAGGAGACGCACCGCUACGGAAGCACCAUCAUAUGCGGCAUGUUGCCGACCCUAAGGGAGCUAGCUUCCAGAGGCUGCAAUAGCCGAGGAAGCAUUUGCCUCGUGCCUAUCAACAUCGAGAUGGAUGCAGCCAGUCACCUUCAAAUGACCCUUCUCGAGGCUUAUUGCCGGGAGAUAGGAAUCAAGGUGUUGAGCGUGUCCAAGGAGACAAUAGAGGCCCAUUUGUGCCCAGGUGACACGGAUCUGUCAUGCGUUCUGGUUACGAACGACGAUCCAUUUUUCAUGCCGAAGCUACCGAAGUGAAACUUGAACACUCAUCCUUGAGAAAGUUGAAAUUUAAGGACCGAAAAUUACGUGCGGUCUUUUAUCGAAGAAGACCGUCUCCGCAUCGAGGAAAUCUGCAUCGGAAGACAAAGGAGGAAGCUUUGUUUAAGCAUGCGAUGUGUCCUACGUGUCCUACUAACGAGGCUGCUGAUGAUGGACAUUUUAUAUUGUAAACAGCGAGACAUAUUCAUCUAUCCAUCUCGCUAUUAAGUCUGUUCUCUUCCGUCUGUCUUCAAAGCACUUUUCUCAAUCUUCCUCUUUCUCCCUUUUUCCUACAACUAUUUGAGAAAAGUGUCAAGCAGCUGAAAAGAGCAGACCUAUUAUCGUUAGACCAUGAUUAUGAACAUGAUUAUGACUUUGUACCAAGCGAGUGAUGUUUCACUUGAUGAUUGUUGAAUAAGAAAUAUUGAUUAAUGUAAUAUGUAUAUUCUUCAAUGUACAAUUCAGUGUACAAUUCAAUGUACAGUUUGUCGCGAGACAAACUAAUCUGCGUUGUGUAUGCUUUGUAAAAAUCGACAGCCGAAGCGUUGUCGAAUAAAAAAGAUUUUAUAAUACCAUCUCAUUGAUAAUAAAAGAUUACAUGAUAUUUUAACAA